GGAAUAUUCAAUUUUUUCCAUUUAUAGUUCCUAUUGUUUUAGGAUGAAAGCGAAGAAAACUUCCACUCCAGAACGGGAAACGAACGAAACUCUACAAUGUGAUCUAUCAAUGAUUUCCCCUCUGGAUUUAAGUGUUUCAUCGAACAACAUUGCUACAGGGGCUGCAGGUGUGUCAGAAGCAACCCGAGACACUAAAAGCUCUUUAGCCCGAACAAAAUCCUUGGAUUGUCUCCCAACCAUUGCCGAAUCCAAGCAUAAACCAGCUUCUAGGAGAGAUGAUACCUGUAGACCCACUGAAGACGACUUAGCCGCUGCCGUUUCUAAUGCCAAUUUAAGAUCAAAACUAAUGAAAUAUCUCGUGGAAAAAUGCACGGAACACAUGCAGAAGAACUUGGAUGAAGAUUUAUACAGACUACAAAAGGAAAUUGAGAAAGAACAAGAGAGAGAAAAUGAAUUGAAAUAUAGACUCAAAACAAUACAAAUGAACAAAGAAAUUGAGAAAAUGUUGGAUACUAAUGGAAGAAACAUAGAAAAUCUCGUUGAGAACCUCAAAGCUAGAAACGCUGCUGAAAAUUUCAAGUUGAAAUGUGAUGCUAUUGCUAAAGAACUGGAGAAAAAUAAAGAUAGAAUUAUUUGCACCAACAUAAAUAUUCCAGAAAAUGAUGAAUCGAAUGAAAAAUUACAGCUGAUUAUUGGCGAGACUAGAGAAGCUUACGAAGAUUUGACAUCAGAAUUAGCGAAACAACAGAUUGAUGAGAAAGUAGUUGAAGCACUAGGUAAAACUUUGCAGGUAACCGAAGAGUUCGCAGGUAGACAAAAAAGAUGUGAAGAAGGCCUCAAACAAUUGAAAACUCUAACAGCACGAGAGAAUACUUUGAGGACUAUGGUUGCGAUAGAAGAGAAGAUGAAUAAAAAAUGGAAAAACGGCUUCUUAUAGAUGAAGUAUUUUUUAAAUUUCAGUCAGUUUGUUGAUUUAUUGUUGUAAGUCUUCUAGUGAUUUAAUAACAGAUUUUAAUAAUUAGAUUGAAUACUUUUCGGCGUUUCAAAGGCUAUUUUCCAGACCUAGAUCAUCAAUAUUCUCUAUAUAAAUCGAUCAUUCC